GUUGCAUAUAAAAAAGGUUUCCAUAAUAAUUCCGUCAAUUCCGUCUGGCAUUUGCUCGUAAUAACUAGUGAAUACUCUUGAGUACAUUAAAUAUUUGAAUCCUCAGCAGCCAUGAAAGUCGCGGUGGCCAUUUUACUUCUCGGUUUGAUUGUAUGCGGACAGGCCUCCAGGAGAGUGCACCCUCUACGCCGUAUUGCAUCGUCAGUCCCUAAACUGGCAGUAGGAGACGAUUGUCCUGCGGGUACUUGCUCCGACUCGGAAACCUGCUGCCAGACCGACCAGGGUUGGGGAUGCUGUCCGUAUCAGAAUGCCGUUUGCUGCUCGGAUAAACAACAUUGCUGCCCUAACGGCACGACGUGUGACCUUGUUCAUCAACAGUGCACGAGCAAACGGCCCCAUCACACCGCCGAAAACUGAAAGUACCACCGUACAUAACUCCCGGCAGACCCUGCUUGAAAGAAUCCGUUCUUUGUGUAAUAACUGAAUGCUUACCGGUGAAUGCUAUACACUUCUAUUUUACUAACGUUUUUAGUAUUAUGAAUUGCAUGUCGUACAUGCUUUUUGCCAUCAAAAUAAAGCAAAAGCAAUCGUAGAAAAA